AUGGAUGGAUCCCGUAGUUCACCAUCCCGGCCGAUCGAUGACAGCUUGUUGACAUUGCAGACGGAUCACAGGUCUGAGGCGGUGUGGAACAUUAGAGAGCCACCGGAGGAUUUGGUAGUGAGGGUCAACUUCGGUGAUUAUUGGAACACAGUUAAAAAUCACCGGCCGCAUGUCUCGAUAGUGGCUGCCAUCACGGCCGCGGGUUUUGGAUGGAUUUUCAGGCUGGGGAAGGUCAGGCAUGACAGGGGGGUGAUCACAGCCUUCAUUGAGAGGUGGCGUCCAGAGACGCACACUUUCCACUUUUCAUUUGGCGAGGCCACCAUCACACUGGAGGAUGUUCAUCACAUUCUCGGCUUACAGACCACUGGCCGACCACUUAUCCUACACGGGCACACCUCCACUGCAGCUCAGAAGGUGGAUUUGGUACGAGAUUUACUUGGACUGGCUCCUGACACCGCUGAUUUGAGGAAGGACAAUUUGAAGAUCCGGUGGUUGAUUACACACUUUGGCAGAUGUCACCGGUUGGACGAGUCGGCUGAGGAUUUUGGUGCGUAGUCUAU